UGAAUACACUUUCCACUUAUGUCCUUGUUGAAGAAUGUCCUCAAUUUCCAAGCUGGACUUGGAGUACUGGCCAAUUUGUUUCUCCUUUUUUUCUACACUUUCAUAAUCCUAGGUCACAGACCUAAGUCCACAGACAUGAUCUCCUGUCAAUUGGCCUUCAUCCACAUAGUGCUGGUCCUCACUGGAGCAGAUACUUGGCUUUGGGACAUAUUUGAGUCACUGGACAUUGAGAAUGACUUCAAAUGUAAGACAACUUUUUACGUAAACAGAGUGAUGAGAGGCCUCUCCAUCUGCAUCACCUGCCUCCUGAGUGUGUUCCAGGCUGUCACUAUCAGUCCCAGUUCCUCUUUCUUGGCAAAAUUUAAAUAUAAACUAAAAAAAUAUGUGAAAUAUGCUGUCUUAUUUAUUUGGUCUUUCAACUUGUCAUUCGUUAGCAACCACAUCUUCUAUGCUGGUGCUUUUACCAACGUGAGUGAGACCAAGCAGAUGAAGGUCACUAAAUUCUGCUCACUCUUCUCCAUGAACUACAUCAUCAGGGCACUGAUUUUAACAGUGACAAUGUCCAGAGAUGUAUUUCUUGUAGGAGUUAUGCUGACCACAAGUGCAUACAUGGUGAUUAUCUUGUUCAGACAUCAGAGGAGAUGCAAGCAUCUUCACAGUCUCAGCCACCCAAGUGUGUCUCCUGAGAAAAGGGCCACACAGACCAUCUUGCUGCUGGUGAUUUUCUUUGUGGUCAUGUACUGGGUGAACUUCAUCAUAUCAUCCUUUGCAGUCCUGUUAUGGAUGUAUGACCCAGUCACCCUGAGUGUUCAGAAGUUUGUGAUGAAUGUCUAUCCCACAAUUACUCCUUUGGUACAAAUCAGUUAUGAUAUCAGAAUAAUCAAUAUGCUGAAAAGCCUGAGGUCAAAAUGUCACCAUAGUUUUUUAAAAUGGUGA